AUGGCCUCCCACCGCAUCGGCGCGCGCGUCGCGGGCCUGUCGCCAGCGCAGCUGUGCGCCAUCAUCGAGGCGCAGGCGGGCGCGAGCGACGCCGCGCUGCGCGUGGCAGAGGAGCACGCCGCGCGGCUCGUGGAGCAGCCCGAGUGGGUGCUCUCCGAGGUCCUCCUCUCGCCGGACCUCGCCCCGCACAUCCUCGCCCAGCUGCCGACCAAGGAGCACGCCGCCAAGGGGACGUGCCGCGCGUGGCGCCGCGGCUGGAAGGAGACGCUGAAGAAGCGCGAGAGGCCGCGCCUGGGGAGAGUACUCGUCGCGCGCGCUCGCGUCGACGCUGGCGGCGGCAAGCGGCUCCUCCCCGCCGUCCCUGCCGUCCCCGCCGUCCCCGCCGUCCCCGCCGUCCCCGCCGUCCCCGCCGUCCCCGCCGGGCGGCGCGGCUUCCCCCUCCGCCUCGAGGGUAAGGUAGACGAGGGAGAGCCAAAGCGUCCGCAGCUCCGCCUCCUCCGGCAGCAGCGGCCGGCCCGCGGUCGAGUGCUCCGCUUCGCACGCCGCGACCGCGGAGCCCAGCGCAGGCAGCGGCACCCCGAGCCGGUAGCCGCCCACAGCAGACGCGAUGAAGAGCUUAAGCGUGGUGACGUCGCCGCGCGCCGCGUCCAUGCAGGCACGGACAAAUGUGGCCUCGACGAGCUCGGCGACCUUUGA